AUGGAAGAGAGCAUCGGUUCGCACCGCGUCCACGAUGUGUAUGCCGAUGUCACGGAACAGGAGCGGGCGGCAUAUCCGGAGUUUGCGCUGUACGAUGCGCAACGAGAGCUUCAGCGCAGAGGAGAUGACACAAGAUCGAUGAGUGGCGGAUGGGACUUGGCCAAAUACAUGAAUCUUGCCAUGCUUCGCAAGAUCCGAGCCAUGAUAUCGGACAAGAAAUGGUUCGUCUUCAUCGAUACCGACACAUUCAUUGAUUGGGACAAUCUCUUCACCUUGCUGGAGCAUCUCGAUCCGGACAAGCGGAUGUAUCUUGGCAGUCCGGUCUGGCUACCUGAGCUGCAGUUCGCGCAUGGCGGUAGUGCAUACGCACUCUCUUCCGGAGCACUGGGUACCCUUGACUAGGCCGCGCAGAGCCCGCAGGAACCACUAUACAGCCAAUUCGGCUUCAACACGACUGAGUUGUGUUGUGGCGAUGAAGCUCUCGCGAGAGUACUGAAACCCAAAGGAGUGAGUUUGAAG